GUGAGAUUGUUUUGAAUGUUGAGGAAUUUGCUGAAAGUGUCUUGAAUGUGAAAAGUGUGAAAGAAGAAGCUAAAUCUGCUCUUUUUAAUAGUUUACAAAAAUCAAGAAGAGAAGAUGGACAUGAAUGA